AUGUUUCAUCUAUCCUGUUUUGCUGGGAGGCUAACCUCUUCAUUCCAAAGAACGAUGAGUUCAUCGCUCAAGCCUAUUGUUAUUUUUGUUCUUGGAGGUCCAGGCGCUGGAAAAGGAACGCAGUGCUCAAAAAUCGUUGAGGUAUAUUUCCGCGUAAAUUUCAUGUGCUUAGGAAUUCCUAAGUCGAUCGUGUAAACGUGGCAUAUAAACUAAUAUUAAUAUGGGAUUUGUAUUUGUUAUAAUUAUCUGUAAUGCAUUGCAUAUCUAGAGAAUCGUUUUUAUAAAAGACGCAUCGAAUUAUAUUUAUCUUUUUUUUGUUUUUUUUUUCAUGACUAAAUCAAAACACGGCUAGGUUACUUCGCAAGUAAUCAUCAGCUGAAUUAUAAUUUGCGGCUGGCUAAAAUUAAUGAUUUUAAAUGAGUCAAAAACAUUUUAAAUCGUUAAAAAGUUUCAAGGAAUGUUACUCAGCUUCGGUAAAGUUUCCGCACAGCCCCAUACUAUCGUCAAAACAAAUCUGUUGUCCCAAUGGAAAUGUAUUGUUUUUUUCAUUGUUUUCUCUAGUCAAGAACUGAAUGCAUAAUUUAGUAUGGGGCUGUGCGGAAAUUUCACCCUCAGCUUCUUUGAUUUCCGGACAACUUCACACCAAUGUGAAACUGUAAUUAAGAAUUGUCUUAAAUAUAAGAUUACUGGAAUAUUAGUUCAAAUUAUUCUUUUGAUAAGUGUUUUUGAUAAGUAAACAGGUUUUCAGUUCUUAGGUGGAUUUUUUUCACAGGUUAAUUUUUAGAACUUAUAAUACUUUUCUCAUCUGGUGUUCUCCUUUGUUGUAAAAAUUCUUCUCCUCACAUAUCUUCCUACAUAUACCUGCUCUGCUACAAAGCUGUCAAAAGAAAGAAGACUUCAAUCUGUUACUAAAAUUGGACUAACCAUACCUAACCAACGUUUUUUCUCAUUGAACUGCUUUUCUUGUUUCAUUUCUCAGUCACUGACCUAAGAUCAGAACACUGCUUAGGAAAAAAUUCAUUUUGUGUAUUGUUUAUUUUCCAGAAAUUUGGAUACAUUCAUUUAUCAGCAGGCGACUUGUUAAGAGAGGAAAGAAACAGUGGCUCCGAGAAUGGGGAUCUUAUAGAUUCUUGCAUUAAAGAAGGAAAGAUUGUCCCUGUAGAAAUUACCAUAAGUUUGAUUGAAAAGGUGAGUAUAUAAGGAGUGGGGAUAGUGCAGUGGUGAGAGUGCUUGCCUUCCACCACUGUGGCCUGGGUUUGAUUAAUGGAUCUUGCUCUGAUGGCUAUUCUCUGGGUCCUUUGGUAUUCCUCCUUCCUCAAAAAGAAACAUUGCAAAUGCCAAUUCUACCUGGAAACAGUGAACAAGAAGAGCUACCUAAUAGAAUGUUCACCCCUAAAUCCCAUUAUUUUUCUUAUCCCAUUGUUUAUCUUAACCCUUUACACCCAAACAUCAGUAAAGGUAUUCUCCAUACUGUUCUCCAUACAUUCAUUUAAGGUGCUGAAAAGGAGAAUUUGUUUAACAAUCAACAACUUCUUUGGCUGCUGAUUUUUUUUUUUUAUUAUUCUCAUGACCUUACUGCAUGAUUCAGGGGUGAUAUUGUAAGGAGAAAUUAGAUGCUAGUCACUCUUAGGGGUUAAAGGAUUAAGCUAAGUGUAACCCCCAGCAGUAAAAUACCAAAAUUUUUGAGGAAAUGAAGAAACUUCAAUGCAGGCUUGGCAACAUUUCUGUAUAGCCCAUGCAUUAUGUCUGCCUUUUGUUAAUAAAAGAAAACUUUAAUGGUGAAAACAUUAGAUUACCUUUAGGAUCCAAAAACUUUGUUUUAUAAUAGUAUGGGGUAAUUCGGAAAUCUUUCCCAUUUACAUCAUGCUACAUUACAAAAGGGCCUGCUGCCAACAAAUUUGGGAAUUUGCUUGAUGGCAACCUAAUAAAUUAACUGUGACAUUUAUAACCUUGCAAACAAAAUCUAGACCCUGGAUUACAUGCAGCUCCAUAGCAAAGGGGGCAACUACUGUCAAAUGCAGCCUGUAACUCAAACUUUGAUGGUAAAUUAAAAGUUAUGGGAUAAAAUCAUGGGUUUUGGUGUUUACCUAUUUUUCCAGGCAAUGAAUAAAAGUGGUGAGAAAAAAUUCCUAAUAGAUGGAUUUCCUAGAAAUGAGGAUAACCUUCAAGGCUGGAAUAGAGUAAUGGACGGAAAAGCGGAUGUCAAAUGUGUCUUAGUCUUUGAAUGUACAGAAGAUGUGAGUACCUGAACCAAUCAAAACUAAAACUGAAAAAUUCUAACAAGCAAAGAAAUGGUCCAUGUGGGUGGACUGAAAUUUUUGCAAUAGUCCACUUUACAGUUGCAUGCUUGGUUGCUGAGCCUUUUAACAGGAGUGAGGCUAAGGGUGACCUUAUUAAAAUACAAACCUUGCUGCUUUUCAAAUGUAAAUUGUUUUCAAUUCUUAUCAUACUAACUAUACAAGUCAAACCUAUGCUUGAUAUCUAUCGAAUUUUGUUGAUUACCUGGCCCUGGUUGUUGGAAGGUUGGAUAAUGCUAUCCACUGGAUAAAUCUCUGUCCAGUGGAUAGUGUCAUAAGUUUUGCUAUCACUUAUCUGCUAGAUAGCGAUUUAUCUGUUGGAUAACGUUAUCUCCCCUUAAUACAACUGGGCCCUGAAUAAUAAUUAUUACAGAACUGAACUCUUCUUUUAGUUCUUUUACUGUUUAAGAUCAAGUAGGAAAAAAAUAAACGAAAAUUUGGAGCUAACUGAAAAAUGUGGAGUAUGGUAUAAUCACUCCAGAUCUUUUCUUUUUUUGGUUAGGAAUGCAUCAGAAGAAUAUUGGAGAGGGGUAAAUCCAGUGGACGAGCAGAUGACAAUAUAGAGAGUCUGAGAAAGAGGUAAAUAUUAAUUAAAGGUAAACCAUUAACAAGUGGACUGAAUGGUUCUCUGGGUGUUGAAACAUGUUUAUUUUUCAAAAUAUAUUGUUUAUUUUAUGCCAUGAUUUAAUGUGACAGUCACAUUUCCUUGUUAAUAAGCUACAAUAUUUUAAUGUUAGAUUAAGAUUACAACUUGUACCUGAUAAGUUUGAGUAUUCUCAUUACCUGUUUGCUGGAUGAUGUAUGGAUACUAUAGGGAGAUGUUAAAUGUGUAUCACUUCAAUUGAAUUUUUCUUUUGCUUCCUAGAUUUAACACACAUGAAACACAGACAAUGCCAAUAAUAGAACAUUACGAAAAACUAGGACUUGUUAAAAAGAUCCAAGCAAUUAAGUCACCCAGUGAGGUAAAAAUAUUUAGUUCUAAUAAUAAUCAUUAAUUGAUGAGCCUUCCAUGGCACCUGUUAAUUGUAAAUAAGAUUAGUCUGUUGUUUUCCAAAAUAUUGCACUUUUUUUCUCUCAAGUAGCCAAAAUUUUGAAUGAAGCAGCAUUCUCCCUCAUUUCAAGAACAACAGGGAAACUAAAUUUUUUAACUGUUACAGUAAAUGUUUUACCAUUUGAAUUUUCAAGAAUUCCAAGCCAUUUUUGCUGGUAGUAAGCUAUACUACAGGCAGUAAAUUUUAUCAGUUAUUGCCUGAAUAAGAGAACACUAAUUAAGGAAUAUUUCAGACUAAAUAACCACUUGGAUAUCUUAAAUUAUUGAUCAAUCUUCCAGCAAUAACUUAACAGCUAGACUGCUAAUUUAACAGAAAUCUGGAAUAUUGGUAAGGGAAGUCAUACAUGCGUGUCGCAUGUUUGUUUAACAACAAUUUCUCCAUGACAGGUAUUUGAGGAUGUUCAAAAUGUGCUUACAAGCCUUGGUUGAUGAAGAUUACAAGUUCAUUUGGACUUUUGAUGAAAAACUGUCCAGAGUACAUAGAAGUAUAGUUUGUUAUAUUGUGUAGGUACAUCAAGUGGCUUCCUGUAGUGUUAACCAUCACUAGUCACAAAAAUUUAGAGACUAUUUUUAAUCAAACUGCAUGUUACAGUUAGGAAUGCAUUGUUUCACAGAAUAUUCAUUUCUGUAUCAAUGAAUGUAACUGGACAUUUCUAAAGGGUUGGCAUUUGAAAAAUGAGAGAAAAGAACUAAAUUGUAUAAAAACUGUGAUUAAAAAAAAAGUAUUGUUAAUGCUUGAAUUUCCUAGAAGCCACCAUUUUGGCUUGUAUGAGGGUAUGUGGUUGUCCUUGUUAUCAUCAGACAGGAGCUCUUUUUGGCACACAAGUCCCAGGAAAGAACAUGCAGAUAAUGAUGACAACCAUUAUACCUUGUACAUUCAACAUGGUGACACACACAGAGUUCCAGAUUAAAACUUCCAAUGUCUGUUUUCAUUUUUUUCUUGCACUAAGUACAAAAAUUACAAUGUUUCCUCAUUUUGAGCAUCUCAAAAACUCAGAUCAAAUGUCUCAAAAACUGGAUUUGAUCUUGGAAGUUUUUCAGAAUUGAGGUUUGAGAAUUGAGUAUUGAGGCUCAAGUUUUGAGGGACUGUCAACUUACUUUUUAGCAGUACCGCACUUUAUUCCCAUUUAUGACAACAAAAGACAGCAUUGUGGUUGCAGGGGCACAUUUGCCUAAGAAAGAUUAGUGCAGCAAAACAGACACACAAACUUAACAAGUUAUGAAUUCAUCUAGCAUUCUAUUUUAAUGAUUAUUGUACCAUGUAAAUUGACAAGAGGUGAAAGGUUAAGAUUUACACAUAGCUAUAAAAUUUAAUCAACACUUAAUGCAGAAAUUUUGAAAGUCAAUGCUCAGUGCUCAAUCAAUGUUUUGGAGUCAUCUUUACUUUCUUUCACCUCUCUUGAAAAAUUAGUGAUGCAUGUAUACACAAAUAUACUAUUAAACACCAAGAACUCAAAAUGUAUUCAGAUACUUAGUGGUUGUAAUUACUGUCGUAGACUGUUAACUGAGGUUUCAGUUCACAAAACUGUUUAAUUUAGUUUAAUUUGUAGUUUCAAAAAGUGAUUUUUCAUAUGAUUAUAUGGACUUCAAUAUUAAGCAUACUUGCUACUAUUCAUUCAUGGAAAAAA